AUGGGCAACCGUGUUGGGGUUGACCUGGGUGGCUACAUGGCCACCGUAGCAGUCGUCAUCGACCCGCAGACCCCUGCAGGCGAAGACAGCCGCAGCGGCCCUUCACGCUCGUCCACCUUCUCACAGCCAGAUGACGAAUCGCCCACUCACGCCACGCAGGAUGGCGUCCCCCUUCCCCUUGUGGACAGCUUCGUGUCGCCCGAGUACGGCGAGUUCCGCUUCUUUGAUUUCCUGAUCAACGAGGCGGAGUCGUUCAGGGCGACCGAGAGGGGUCGGUACUUCUGCGAGGAAAUUGUCAAGGCGAGGGGGGUGGCUGCGUGCACGGGAGCUGGGGCUGUCAAGUGGAAGAGGGAGAUCGAGGCCAUGUGGGACGUCAAAGUGGAUGUUCACAGGGAGAUUCCGUGCAUACUCGCAGGUGGGCUAUGGGAAUCGUGUGUGUAGGGAGGAAACCAUCCAUCGCCGACCGCUGCUUUUGUUCUCCUGUUACAGGAAUUGACCUGGUUCUGGGUUGCGUCCCUGACGCGUGCUUCCGUUUCGUCCACAGACCGACGGGAGGCAGCCCCCUCGAACAGUCCAUCCCCUCCUCGCCAGAGGGCGGCGCGUCCCCAGGGAGCAGUCCCCCACGCCGCCAGCACGUGCUUCAAGUCAUCACACCGAAAGAUGCCGAACCAGGCGCUCAGCCAUCGUCACCCCCCCGCCAGUCUUCGCAUCUCUUGCACCCGACCGCCGAGCGGCCGGAGCAGCGGCCGUCAGCACUGGGUGUUCGACGAGCCAGCCUGCACACGCCCAUCGUGCCGCCCUCUCGAUCGGAGAGGGUCACCCCAUUGUCUUCGCCCCUCCCGCCCAUCCCCAUCAGUGAGGCGCGGCUGCUCAACCAGGCCAGGAGGGGCCGGGGGCUGCUGCACAAGGGGCACGAGAAGAGGAGAAGACGGUCGUCGGCACCGGCGAACGCCUACCUCAGCGAGCCGGACCGACGGUCGUCAGGCGACGAUGAAUCGCUGCCUUCCCCGAUGCUGCCUCCGCUGGCGGAAGGCGCGCAGCCUACCUCUUCCCCGAGGCCUGCUCCCUCUCCCUCUGCGUGUGUGCGGCAUUCCUCCCCGCCCACAGGGGCCAGGUCGACGAAGCGGCGGCCGUCGACUACAGCGUCAAUCUACUUCCAGGAGUUCCUGCAGCCGGAACAGCUGCGCAAUGGCAUCGGCAACGGCGGCAGCAACAGGGGUUUUUAUCCGUUCCUGUUGGUCAACUUCAAGGCGGGUGUGUCGUUCCACUUCGUCAAGGCGCCCAACGAGAGCUAUCGUAUCGGUGGGUCCACACUGGGAGGCGGCACGCUCAUGGGGCUCAACAGGAUGCUCAACGAGGAGGUGAAGCGGCCCGAGGAAGCUGUGCUCAAGGCAAGCGAAGGUGAGAUGGAAUGGCCAGACUGUGAGGGACGCACCACCGAAUGUCGAUCGAUGUCAGGUGACAACUCCAAUGUCGACAUGCUGGUGGGUGACAUAUACGGCGGUGACUACGACGCCAUCUCCCUCCCAAAGGACCUCAUCGCCUCGUCGUUCGGCAAGUGUCAGCGGCUCUCACAUCCCCACAUAGUGCCCGGCACACAGUCGACCGAUCGCUUCAUGGAGGCGGAGGGCCUGUCGGGCAGUGAGGCAGAGGACGAGGAACAACCUGUCGGUGAGAACGACAUCUCUCGCGCCCUUCUGACCAUGGUACGGUGCGCUAGCUCAUCAAAGGAGCACUCACUCUCUACGACUCUACGUGGGUAUGUGGGUGUAGGUGGCUUUCAAUGUGACGCAGCUGGCGUACUUCAACUCGGUGAUCUACCAGUGCGACCGUCUGGUGUUUGUGGGUUACUACUUCAAGGAUUUCGAGUUCUUGGCGGCGCUGCAGCACUCCCUCUCCUACUGGAGCGACAACACCAAGGAGGCCAUCUUCUUCAAACAAGCGCACUGGCUGGGGGCCAUCGGCGCCAUGGUCAAGGGCUGCAGGGGCCAGCGCACCAAGGAAUGGAGCAAAGAGGAGCUGGAGACGGUCGCUGCAGCCAUGGCGAAUACUAUUGAGGGCUUUCCAACCAUCCCUCGGCAACAUGACGAGGACAGCAGAGAGGGUGAGGGCUUGUAGGGGGCAGGGCGUGUGUUUGUGAAUCAGCGAGGCGUGCUGUUUUCUAAGCGAUCAGAGGGAUGAGAUGAGAUGAGCACGUUUAUAUGAUGGAGUGGCGUGAUGCUCGCCUGACCCCGAUUGUGAUUCCUCUCAACGUGUAUGUAUUGUGUCCAUUAGAAAGUGGCGAGCCGAAAUCUUCUGCUGCUCCGACCUACCAGGACAUGAUCCAGGUGCACAACACACAACAUUGGGAGCCAAAUCGCACACACAUCCAUCUGUGUCAUUGUGUCUGUACAUGCAGACGGGCACUUUGCGUGUCCCUGGCGGUGUGCUCCAUUUCCAUCAGUCAGCUGAGUGGGGCGGGGGGAGCGGCGGCCGCCUGUGGGAGGCCGGGAUCGCCCUCGCACUCUUCUUCGCACACGGAGGUACGGUGACACACAAACGUGACACAUCGAGUGGAUGCGCCACGCAAGCUGCGCAUCGUUGCGGUCAGGUGUGCCCCUGGAUCACUGGAAGGGCCGCAAUGUGCUGGAGCUGGGAUGUGGAAGCGGCACAGUGGGUCUCACUGUGGCGAUGCUGGGCGCAAACGGUACUCUCACCGCCUCGGAAGGCAUGGCUUUGUGCCCGUGGCAUGCCAUCCGUUGCUUCGUGUGUGCUGCUGUGUGUGCAGUGACGUGUACGGAUGUGCCAGAGGUUCGUCCAGUGUUUGAAGCCAGCUGUGAAGCCAAUGCACAGGUGCCUCGACACCGAAAGCAGAGCCAUGCUCGCAUGCAUCGCUCGUCACUCGCUCUCCUUUGAUGUGUGUGUGGUUCGUUCAGGUUCUUGCGUGCAGCGGGGCAGGAUCGAUCGUAUUCCAGCCGCUCGACUGGUACGCAACAUGCACAUGGACACACACGCACGCAUGUGCCUGCAUGUGUGUUCAUGUCCUCAUGUAAACAGGCACGAUGCGGCCGCUCUCCCAGACAGUCACCGCAGCAUCAACACGAUCGUGGCAUCCGACGUGGUCUUUAAUCUCAAGCAGGCGGAGGCCUUCACGGCGUGCAUCGGGCGGCUCAUGUCGGCCGCUGCCGGCGACGGCGAGUCCAUCGAUGUGUGGAUCGCCCACAAGCACCGACAUGAUGACGUACGGCAACCACACGAUUGCAAUGCGACCAUCCAUCCACUGACUGUUCAUGUGUGGCGGGCUUGUCCGUGUGUGUGUCCGUGUGUCAGGUUGACGCUGCGUUUGUGAGUGCUUUGGAGGGCAUAGGGCUUGAGGGCGAGGAGAUGGAGGUGUCGGGUGUGCUGCCGCCUACCUUGAUACACCCGAGACUAUCCAUUUGGAGACUCGCCAAGCAGAGAUCAGCCAGUGCAGAGAAGAGGGGAGAGAGGAAAUAGGCUACUGGCUGUCGCAGGGAUUGCAUUGAUGAGUGCGAUACCACACACGACACGCAUGCAUCGAG